GUGUGAGUGUGUCUGUCUGUCUCUCUUUGCAUGCUCAAUUCGACUAUUGUUCACUUUUGGAUCCAUGAUACGGCGCUCUUCCAUUCUUUAAUGGUGAACUAGUCGAGACCAACAAGCAUAGAAGACUAUGGUGUGAGUUAAGAAGAUAAGAUCAAUGGAAAAAAUGGCCGAGUUUUCUGAUGAAAAUAAGAGCAGUGAAAAUGAAAUUCAGGCCCAGACAUCUUCUUUAACCAGUUCACAUAAGUGUUCAUCCCUUGACUUGAACGAAGAGGCAAUUAUGGAUGAGAAUGAUAGCACCACUAAUGUACCACACAAUGAUUUUGCUACUACAAGUCAUACCGACACUUCUAAUAUGGAAGGAAAAGAACGAACUACUACUAUGGUUAGACAAUAUGUUCGAUCAAAAAUGCCUAGACUCCGCUGGACGCCUGAUCUCCAUCUAGCUUUUGUACAUGCUGUUGAAAGGCUUGGAGGGCAAGAAAGAGCAACUCCCAAAUUAGUUCUUCAGAUGAUGAACGUAAAAGGACUUAGCAUUGCUCAUGUAAAGAGUCACUUGCAGAUGUAUCGAAGUAAGAAGUUGGAUGAGUCUGGCCUAGUUGUAUCUCAAACAAAUAGAACGAUCCAAGGAAGACAUCACAUUCUGGAAUUGUGCCAUAGGUUCGAUGGUCAUGGGCAUUAUAGAAUGGACAACAGAAGCAUCGUUUCGUCCCCACUACUUAAACUACCGUAUCAUGAUUUCAAGACGAACUCUUCAAGAUAUCAACCGUGGGCUUUAAAUGAUCAUUUCUCUAGAUCUGCACGGUGGAGCAAGGAUUUAAGUGCUGACAAGAGCCAGGUCGAUCCAACUAUCUUUCAAAAUGGAAACAAGUUGGCAAAUUCACAUCUAUUUGAUGUAAAGGAGGCAAUAACAAGAAAUACUAGUGGACCAAUCAGACCCAGUAGAUUUCUUGAAGACAAAAGAUGGCCUCCUCGUGAAACAUUCGAGAAUCAAGAGCAGGGUAGAUUCAUUUGCUCUUGGGAUGAUAACUCUGCUGUGAAAUCUUCGCCGGAUAAUUGGAUGGCCAAAUCCAUCAAUAUCGACGGCCAAUUUCAACAGAAUAAAUGUAGUUCUAUGUUCACGUCCACUGGCUACGACUCCAAGUUUGAGAAGACUUCUCCUCCGCUUGAGGAACCUUCGAAAAUGCAAGCUCAAAGGUUACAAAAAGAACAGGCGCAAUGCAUAAAUGAGAAAUUGCUGUACGCUGAAGAAAGAGCUGAGAAUGAGAGGUUUAAAGAGAAAUGUUCAACCGACUUACAGUUGAGUUUAUGCCCCAAAAUGGAUAAUGGGGAAACUAAGAUGAAUAAUCAUCACCAGCAAAGCUCAAAAGAUAUCAACACAAUACUUUCUCUUGCUGUGUCAUCCUCUUGGUCGAGUCAACAAGCUUUAAAUUGCGUAAAACGUAAAGAUUUUACCCAAACUGAGGUCUGGGAUUUAACAAAAGAAUUGCAGUAAUUAGGGUAGAUUUGAGACGAGUACUUAGGAUCUGACCAUGUCAAUUUGAGCAUAGGAGUGAGAUCUUUUAAGUACUUGUCUUCAAGUUUAUAUGGAUAAUUAGAUUUGAAGAUUAUGAAUUAAUAUCCCUUAGUAGUUAUAUUGUUCAUUUGAAUUGAUGGUGAACG